AUGAGCUCCACACUCGGAAUCGGGGUUCCGGUCCCUAAAAUGCUUCCCAUUACAGGCACCUGGACUCUUCCAUUCGCAGCCUACCUCGUCUACUUAUCCAACCGCAUUGUCUAUCGUCGAGUCAAGUCAGAAAAGUAUAUGGGCGACCGUUUUGUCGACGCCGCGGAAUCCACCUCGAAUGACAAGCCUGACCCCCUUUUCCUCGACUCUCGCGCUCACGACAAUUUCAUCGAGAACGUGCCCCUUUGCUUCACCUUGGUAGCGAUCGCCGAGUUGAACGGUGCGAAUCGGAAGGUCCUGAAUUACGCGAUGGCGACCCUGUUCGUGCUCAGAGUUCUCCACGUGGAGUUGGGCUUGAAAGGGAAGGAUACGGUGGGGUGGGGCAGACCGGCCGGAUACUUCGGAACUCAAGGAUUCAUUGCCGGAAUGGCCGCGUACGGCACAUACCUCGUCAAGGGCUACUGGGGCUAUUAA